CAGCAAUUUUGCUCUGUUCGUAUCGGUGCGUGGAGGUCCUGGUCCCCCGCAAAUGAGAUGUAGGGCGAGGGAACAGGAUUCGUGCUGCAUCAUGAGCGAAGAUGGGGCCGUUGGCCGAACGAGUCUCACGAUGCUUGCGCCCGUUCGACGAGACGACGCCGCUCUAUGGUCGCUAAUCCGAGCGUGAUAGCCCAGAACGGUGUCGGCGAUCCGUUGACAUCGUUACCGUGCGAUUCCACGUUCAUUGCAUGAACGAUCCCGGCGAUGCUUUCUGCCUGCAGCGCGCGCGGGACAGUGGUAUGGAUGUCUGGAAUGCGUUGCCUGGCGAGGCUUCUCGUCUUCACCAUGUGCGGUUGGCACUGGAUAUCCGUCCACUUGCGCGUUUCAUCCGUGUGUUCCUGGAAAUAUCAUGCGGCCGGGGAUUUGCUUUCCAUUGGUGGUUCUAUUAUGAUUCGUGUCUCAAGUACACAUUGCCUGACUGCUCGGACAGGGUCUCUCUCCGGAAGCUCUGUUGCCACCACAAGGGAAACGUACCCCAGUCCACCUUCGCUAUUCAUUCCAGAAGCUGUGUGGUGUGAUGCCAUGCCUCUGCGUCGCGAUAUCUGGACGGGGUCAAUACCAAAAAUGCUGCGAUCGCAUUAGCUGUGUGGUCCACGAAACGUGUCCAGUGUCUGCAUCGCCUGCAUAUCAGAUAAGUCAGCCACUCUUCCCUGUAUCAGCCAUCGUCUUGACCACACGCCGGUCGAUCGCCAGAGCAUUGGUGGUAGUCA